GAUCUUUCGGAGGACUCAGCACCUGCUGCCGGCCUGCCCCGCCCCGUAUUUUUCUGGGCUCACGAAGAGCCCCGAUAACCCCUGCAGUCAUUCUGGUGCUGGGACCCAGGUGACAGAAGCCCUCCCAGAAAACAAGCAAGGAAAUGAUGACUGGUUGGGCGGGGCGGGGCCAGCGGAGAGAGAGAGGGACUCAUUAACGCUGCGUAGGGAUCAGGAGACAACCGACAGACGCCAUCUUUGGUUCAGUGCGGCGGCAGUGACAGAAGCAGCGGCAGGGGCAGCAGCAGCAGCGGCAGUAGCAGCAGUAGCAAUAGUAGAGGUAGUGGUAGCGGCUGCUGUGGUGAAGGAGGAGGAGCAGAGCGGACGCUGGUACCAAGGCCUGAUCAUGGAUGAGGAAUACGAUGUGAUUGUGCUGGGGACAGGUCUUACCGAAUGCAUCCUGUCUGGCAUCAUGUCUGUGAAUGGAAAGAAGGUGCUGCACAUGGACCGAAACCCCUACUAUGGGGGUGAGAGCUCUUCCAUCACACCCCUGGAGGAGCUAUAUAAGCGCUUUCAGAUACUGGAAGGGCCCCCUGAAUCAAUGGGCCGGGGCCGAGACUGGAAUGUUGACUUGAUCCCCAAAUUCCUCAUGGCCAAUGGUCAGCUGGUAAAGAUGCUACUAUAUACAGAAGUGACUCGAUAUCUGGACUUCAAGGUGGUAGAGGGCAGCUUUGUAUAUAAGGGGGGCAAGAUCUACAAAGUGCCAUCCACCGAGACUGAGGCCUUGGCUUCUAAUCUGAUGGGCAUGUUUGAAAAACGACGCUUCCGAAAAUUUUUGGUGUUUGUGGCAAACUUUGAUGAGAAUGACCCCAAAACCUUUGAGGGUGUUGAUCCCCAGAACACCAGCAUGCGUGAUGUCUACCGGAAGUUUGACCUGGGUCAAGAUGUCAUAGAUUUCACUGGCCAUGCCUUGGCGCUCUACCGCACUGAUGACUACCUGGAUCAGCCCUGUCUUGAGACUAUUAACCGCAUCAAGUUGUACAGCGAGUCCCUGGCCCGGUAUGGCAAGAGCCCCUAUUUAUACCCACUGUAUGGCCUGGGUGAGCUGCCCCAGGGCUUUGCCAGAUUGAGUGCCAUCUAUGGGGGAACAUACAUGCUGAACAAACCAGUGGAUGACAUCAUCAUGGAAAAUGGCAAGGUGGUGGGUGUCAAAUCUGAGGGAGAGGUGGCCCGCUGCAAGCAGCUGAUCUGUGAUCCCAGUUACAUCCCAGACCGUGUGCAAAAGGCUGGCCAGGUUAUUCGCAUCAUCUGUAUCCUCAGCCACCCCAUCAAGAAUACCAAUGAUGCCAAUUCCUGCCAAAUUAUCAUCCCUCAGAACCAGGUCAACAGGAAGUCAGACAUCUAUGUGUGCAUGAUCUCCUAUGCGCACAACGUGGCCGCACAGGGCAAAUACAUCGCCAUUGCCAGCACCACUGUAGAGACUGCAGAACCAGAAAAGGAAGUUGAGCCUGCAUUGGAGCUGUUGGAACCCAUUGACCAGAAGUUUGUGGCUAUCAGUGAUUUAUAUGAGCCCAUUGAUGAUGGUUCAGAGAGUCAGGUGUUCUGUUCCUGCUCCUAUGAUGCUACCACACACUUUGAGACAACCUGCAAUGACAUCAAAGAUAUCUACAAACGCAUGGCUGGUUCUGCCUUUGAUUUUGAGAACAUGAAGCGCAAACAGAAUGAUGUCUUUGGAGAAGCUGAUCAGUGAUUGCUGACUCCCCUCCUCCAGCCCCUGUUCCCCUCUCCCCAACUUGUAUGUCCUUCUCUAGGGCAGGGGAGAUGGUAUGGCUAGGCAUCCUUGUUUCCAGCAUCUUCUGCUUCCCCUACCACAUUCCAAUCACCCACCUUAUUGAUUUUAUUCACUGACCAUAUCCUUAACCUUAGGGAUGGUUUGGGAGAUGGGAGUUGGAUAGUAUCCUCUUUCUUGGUCUGUCCUUGUUCUAGGGAAAGAGAACUUUGUGUGUGUGUGUGUGUGUGUGUGUGUGUGUGUGCGCGCGCGCGUGCGUGUGUGUACGUGUGUGUACGUACGUGUGUGUGCGUGUGUACAUGUGUGUGCAUGUGUGUGUGCAUCGUGCACCCCCAAUUUUGCUGUUUGGGAAGGAGUGGAGGAAAAGCUGACCCCCACCCCCACUGCUCUUAGUCCCAAAUGUAGUGGCCUUUGGAGAUACCCAUCUCCUCCCCCAACUCUUAGGUGUUGGAGAGAAGGGACCCUCCCAGCACAAAAUUGCAUUCCUCCUCCUCCUCCUCCUCCUUAUAAUUUAUUCUAAUUUAUUAACUUUGGAGUAAUUGUCUGAGCCCUCAGCCUUUCUGUGCAGCCUAGGGCUGUAGAGUGAGCUGCCCUGGCCUCUCCCAGUGCUGGCAAAGCCUGGGAUGGGAGAAGAUUUAGGUGUGACCCCCUCUGGAGGUUGAUCUGUUUUGAAUUUCUUUUGUGUUGUGUUCACUGAGAAAAAGUAAUGUGAGCAAAGCAGAAGGAGGUAGGAAAGUGGAUCCAAACCCCAGUGUACCCUGCCCCAUGCCUUUUCCUUUAGUGGUGGGAAACCCUUACCUUGCAAAGUGAAUGUGUCCCCUUCCCCAAGCUCUAGUAUAUUUCACAGAAAACAAAAACCUCCCAAUAAAACUAUUGAAACUUAAGCCUG